UUUCCCGGACAAAAACUUUUUCGAGAUUCAUGGGCGCAGACAUGUUGUAAGGGAGGUCACUCUUCAGGAGUAGAUCUCGGACUUUCAAACGCUUGACAACAUUGACAUGGCAGACUGGCAAAGGAUGUUUGAACAAUGGAGUAAUGAUUUAGUAGGGAGACAGGCAUUGAGAAAGAGCAGUAUAGCUGUUACAGUAAAAAUGCAUCAAAGUGCUGAUACUAAUGUAAAAGAUACCACGAGUUCAGUGACUUCUUUAAGUUCUAUGAGUACUUUAAAGAGAAGUAAAAGAAAAAGUCAUUCUAGUCCAAAUAGUAAUGCAAAGAAAAUUACAGAUGAAGAAGAAACCCUUCCAAAAAAAUUAAGCCUAAAGAGAUCUCCUCAAAGAAAGAAAAUAGGCAAAAGUAUGACUGAAAUAAGCCAAAAGAUCAGUCCUGCUGACAGAAAAUCAAAAGAUAAAAGUGAACAAGAGAUGGAAAGAAAAAAGGACAAAAAUUCAGUUCUUGUGAAGACAGUCCGCGGCAGGAAUGUCAAGAAAAAGACCGUUUCAAGCAGUACUGUUUCUUCAAGGGCAUACUGCAGUGAGUGUAAUAUUACAUUUUCAUCUGAGUUUUACUAUGAUAAUCACAUGUACCACAAGCAUGGGGAUGACCUUGACUUUAGUACAGGAAGUAGUAUUAAGAAGCUCAAAACAUCUGAGAAGAAGUUGGAUGUUACAAAGCUAGAUUUCAACCAGAAGAGUUCACAAACAUCAUCAAAGUUAGAUCGCAUAGUUUGUGGUGAGACUUUAUCAAGCAAUAAGGGCCUGGAUGAGCACAUGAAUAUUCACAAUGAUAAACACCCUUUAGUCCGUGAGGAUUAUGGCAUAUCAUUUAGGGGCAAAGGAUCUUUGUUCAAGCAUGAACAGUCCCACACAGAUGAAAACAGUUAUAUAUGUAAUGUGUGCCAGAAAGAGUUUAUGUGUAGAUCGUAUCUUAGAAACCAUAUGAGGGUACACGAUGAGCGAAAGUUUGUCUGCAAUUAUUGCUUCAAGUGUUUCAAACAAAAGGCACAUCUUCAGAAGCAUAUUAAAUGUGUACAUGAUAAGAUCAAAGAUCACGUGUGUGCUAUAUGUAAUAAAGGCUUUUCGAUGCGUGGACAGUUAAUAUUACAUGAGAGGACGCAUACAAACGAACGUCCGUAUGUCUGUAAAAUUUGCAAAAAGGCAUUCAAAGAUGAUAGUUACUUUAAUCGGCACAUGAGAUAUCAUACAGGGGUACGUCCUUAUGCUUGCUUAUACUGUGAGAAAACAUUUGUUCAAAUUAUUGAUAUGAAACGUCACAGUGCCAUACAUCAGGAAGAACUUCCCUUUAAGUGUGGGAUAUGUGACCAUAAAUCAAAGCUCAAAAUACACAUGACGGCUCAUAUGAAGCUGCAUUCUGGGGAAGUAUACACUUGCGAUACUUGUAAUCAAGCUUUUUCAAGUGCAAGUAAUCGAGACAGACAUUUCAAAACUCAGCAUACCUUAAACAGUGGGUUACAGUCAUUGAUAAAAAAGUAAUCAUAAAUAAAUGUGUACUUUAAAAGUUUUGUAAAGUGUUUAAAGAAAAAAAACGAUGUUGAUUAGAAAAGAUUAUAAUGUGCCAUAAUUCUAUAGACAGUAUUCAGUUUCUGGUUUCAAGUUAUUAUUAGUAUCUUUCUUACUCUUGGUUUAUUUUUAAGUUUUUUCUUUUUUUUAAGUUUUAUAUGGAAGUUCAUAUAAACUUGUAUAACUAUAUCCUUAUUACAUGUAUGUUGGAGAACAGCUAUACACUAAAAAAGAGGAGCAAUAAUACGGCAAUAUGCCGGUAUAUUUCGAUGCAGCAUCAGGCAAUGCAUACCAUGGUACAGAACUCUUGUACUGCAAUAUUUCAUGUUAUAUUUCUCUCUGUUUGAUCAAAAAAUAUGAGCCGCAUCACAACAAAACGUACAUAGUGAGUUUGCAACCUGUGCAUCUGUGCAGUCUGAUCAGGAUCCAUGCUGUCCACUAUCAGUUUUUCUGUUUGUAAUAGAGUUUGUAAGCCAACAGCAUGGAUCCUGAUCAGACUGCGCGGAUGCACAGACUGGUCUGGAUCCAUGCUGGUUGCAAACACACUAUGUUGGUUUUUGUCGUGACACAGCUCGAUUAUAUUUUAACAUUAAUUUUGUCUUUUUCAAGCCCCGUAAAUAAAUGUGUAAAAACUUUAAUGAAUUGACAACAAAUGUCAUUUAAUCUAGAACAGGUGAUAAAGAAUUUUCUUUCAUUCUAUCUUACAAAUGCAUUUGUUUUAAAUGUUGGUCUCAAAUAAAAAUCUAAAGAGCAGAUAAUGUAAAACUGCUUUUAUUCUUGAUAAAAUUCAGUUGUUAAGUCACAAGUACAUGUAGUGUUUCCAUUCUAAUUUUAUAGCAUGAAAAAGGGUGGGUUUAAAUGGAUGGAAAUGGCCAUGGUAAAAAUAGAAUGAAUUAUUUAAUUUCAUUUUGAAAAAUAAAAGGGAAUUAAGCAGUAAAAUUGAAAUUGGCAGAUAAAAAAAAAUAAUAAGCUGAAAAAUGAAAGCUGUAAGUUUGAACAUGUACAUUGUUUAGAGAUUUUGUAAAUUAUAGUGCAAAUCAGUAUGUUUCUGCAGACGAAAUUACUGUCAUAUGAUCUUAUCACUAUAUCUGUGUUUAUGUUUUGUUUGUGCAAUAUAUGGGUAUAUUGUUGCACCACUAUUAUUUGGUUUUAAGUUCAAUUAUGUUGAAUUUAGUCACUUGUAUUGAUUUAACUACAGUGUAUACUAAAUCAUGUUGUUACAAUUUUGUUUCUGUUAAAUGUUAAAUGAAGUAAUGCAUUUGCAAUUUUAAUUUUGUUUUGCCAUUUUGCAUUGUUUUUCGAAUAAGAAUUCAAAUUUUUAUUUAUUUAUGAUUGUUAUUGAUGAUUGUUAAAAUUUAAGUCAAUUUGAGAGUUAGAAAUAUUGUGAUAAAAAGUGUGUCACAUAUAUUUGGAAUAUUAAAACAUUUCUCAAGACAGCAUUCCUCCAGAUUUGUGUUUAUGUUUUUAAAAGAGAUAAAAUAACGUUUUGCAAUUCCUAUACUGCUUUGACAAUAGAAAUAUACAGAAAUUAUCUUUAAGGGUAAGCAGCUUAAAAUAGAAAACCUUAAAGAACAUCUCUUCCUCAACAACUUUGUAGAUUUUUGUGAUCAACAAGUGUUUUUGGGGGUUUUACAAAAAUUCUUAUAAAUUGUUUUGGUCUGUUGAAAAAACAGAUGGCUUCUAGAACUAAAAAUAGAAAUAAAAUUUCAAUAGAAAUAAAUAACAUCUCUUUAUCAGAUGCAUGUUAGAUUUUGAUGAAACUCUACAGAAAUUAUCCUUAGGUUGUCCUUUACUAAAACUGCUAAAAAUUUUCAGGUUUCCUAACAUAAAACAUAAAGGCCACCA